UGAGUUUGGUUUUCAGCCGAGCUAGCAGAGCAGAGAGGUUUUCACGUUUUCGCUAUGGAUUUCCUCGGUCACUAGUUUCAUGGUGUCAUAUUUAUAUGCACAUUUCCGUGACUAAACGUUUGUGUAAACGCAAGGCUGGCUUGUUCACCUCUGUGCAAAAAAUAUUGCGGCAAUGUUCAAACCAUUCUGAGCUUUCACUAGGCGAAUACUUGCAGUGUGGUUGCGUCGAAUGCUCAUCUCUGUGCCGGCCCUGCGAGUUCUGUCAUCGUGUUAGCGCUGUGCUUUUCGAAUUGGUGUCCUGAAACACUGACGCAGUUCCCAUUUUUUUGCUUUUGAAGCGUCGCCUUUCCAUGAUGGUCAAAGAGGAUCCUUCAGACAUUGGCCAGGACUCCAACCAGGAGAGUAGCAAGAGCCCCAAGCGUGAAGGUGAGAAAAGUCCAAGACAGGAGGAGGAGGGUGCGAGCAAGCCCAAGAAGGCCAAGUUCAAAGACGACGAGAAGGGGCGCGAGUACGAGUGCAAGCUGUGCGACUGCAAGUUCUUCACGGUUGCCCAGUAUACAUGCCACAUCCAGAGUUUCGAGCAUCGUAAGCGCACCAUCCUGAAGACAGCCACCAAGGCUUUCAGCGAGGCACCCCAGUAUCGAGAUGGCCAUGGGAGUGACCUGCCACCAGGUCUGUCGGGUCGCAAGGUGGUGCACUGCAAGGUCUGCAAUGUGUUCACCAACAGCGCGAUACAGCUGGCCGAGCACCUGAACGGGGGACGGCACAAGAUGAUGUGCUUCAAGUUCAACGUGCCCAUCACCACCUUGGAGCUGACGAGCGACGACACCAGCACCCUUGAGGGCACCCGGUUGCAAGGGGAAAAGCUGAUGUGCAAGUGUUGCUCCGUAGAGAUCAACUCCAUGGAGCAGUACAAAGCGCACAUGGGCAGCACAAGACACAAACUGAUAUCACAGAAAAAGCCACUCAAACCAGAACGCGCAAUAAAGAGGGCCCUCAAGCCCUUCUACAAGAACAAGAAGAAGGAGAAAAGUGAAGAGCAAUCAGACGUCAAGACUGGGAAGGAUAAGGGCAAGGAGGACAAGAAAAAGGACGAUGACAAGGAGAAGGACAAGGAGAAGGACAAGGAAGAGGACAAAGAGAAGGGCAAGAAUGACAAGGAGCAGGACAAUGCGCUGAACAACAAAGGAGCUGACAAUGGCACCCAUAGCACGAAGGUGCGGGACAAGUACCAGCUUGGCCUGCUCGAUCAAUUGAAUGAACGCCCAGACAGGCGUAAUGAGAUGGAGUUUAGCCGUUCCCACCGGCCAAUAAAAGACAAGAAGACACCUGCUUUAAGACCAGUGCCUUACAUGUGCGACAUCUGCCAGAUGUUUGGAAAGUCUGCCUUUGAGCUGAACGAACACCUGAAUAGUGAGGGACAUAAAGCAGCGCUGCGCAAGUUUCUCAGCGGCGAAAAGUCACCCCCGACCAAGGAUGGCAAGGUCGACGACAAGCCUGCCGAGGUCAAGGACUCCAAAGAUAAAGAGUCCCAAAAACCGAAGCUGUAUUGUGAUAUUUGCCAGCUUCUGCUGCCAUCGUUGGGCGUGAAAGAGCAGCAUGAGAAAAGCAAGAAGCACAAGUUCCUGCAAGAACUGAGGAAGAAUGCCAAGCCAGAAUCGCACACCAAAGAGGCUACUGUUAAGAAGACCGCAGCAACAAAGACAGUCACUGCAGAAAAGGCAGUCCCUCCAGCGAGGCCCUUACGCUGCAGUGUCUGCCAAACGGAUGUCGAGUCGGAUGAAGCCAUGAAAGAGCACAUCAAGAGCAAGAAGCACAAGUUUCUUUCUGAGCUGAAGCCAGAGCCACCAGCGCCUGUCCGGCGGCCAGAAGAAAGCACCAGGCGCAAACGUGCCCGGCCACGUGACAGCAGUCCUGACAGGCGAGACUGGCGACGUUGGACACGGCGCAAGAGUGAGGAGGAGGAGAUCCCUGAGCUGGCAGCCUUGGCUCUGAAACGACAGGCGUUGCAAGUAGAAUUGGCCAAGCGACGAAAAGAGAUUGAUGAACAGCGCCGCCUCAUCGCAGAGCUGCAAGAGGAGCAGCACCUUGAAGAGGAGAAGGCUGCACUGCGGCGCAUGAUCGAUGAGUGCCGGUUGCUAAUUGAAGAGCGGGAGCGCCACAAGCGCCAGGCCACUGAAGCAGAGGCGAGCACUUCACGUAAAACAGCUAAGUCUGUCCAGUGGCACGAUAGUGUUAAGGUGGUUGAGGUGAUGGAAGAGCCGUGGGACUCUGGUCACACCAGGAACCAUGACUAUGCAGAGCCGCAAGAACGCCUCAGCAUUGUCAGGAAGGCACAAGAGGACUGGGAAAGAGAACACCUUAUUCAGGCCAGGAGUCGUGGCCCUGCACACCAGAAGCACUCGGUCCCUGCUGAGCAGGAGGUGGAAGACUGGGAGAAGGACCGCCCUACUGGCGGGUCCAGUACUCUCAGUUACACUUCAUUCUCACGCUGGGACGGUGAAAUCCCACUUCUGGGCACGCCUGUCGAAACGGUCGACAGUGGGACAUCAUGGCCUGACAGCCUAUCUGCUCAGUCUCAGGAAGGCACUCCCUCUUUCCGAAACUCCUUAGAAGGUGAAGAGAGGAUAAUUGAGCCUUUCUCCCAAGAGCCACCUUUCAGACAAAUGGAUGUAGGCGCUGUUUUCUCCCAAGAGUCUUUCGGGAAUGUGAGCACCAACUGGCCAGGUGCACAGCACAGCCCACCAGUCUGGAGCAAUGUCUCCCAAGAGCACGACUGGAGUCGUCCAGUGUUGUGCACUCCAUCAACCAGUGCAGGGCUCUUGGGAGACAGGCCUGGCCUUUUGGAAAACAGGCAUAGCACCUUGGAGGACACGCCCAGCCUUCUUAUAGACAGGCCAAGCUUCUUAGAAGACAGACCGAGGUUUCCUGAUGACAGGUCGAGCCUCUUGAAUAACAGGCCUAACCCCUUGGGAAGCAGGCCAAGCCUCUUGGGAGACAAAACAAGCCUUCUGGGAGAAAGGCCAAGCCUCUUGGGAGACAAAACAAGCCUUCUGGGAGAAAGGCCAAGCCUCUUGGGAGACAAGCCAAGCUUCUUUGAAGACAAGUCAAGCCUUUUCGGAGACAGGCCAGAACAGCAGUCGCAGUUUUGGAGGCACUCGUCACAGUGGCCCACCUCUGAGCCCAAACCAUGGGGAGAAAGCUCAAGUGUGCGCAUACCAGGCCUCGAUUUUGUUUAGCUGUGCAUUUGUCAUUGAUGAAACAUUGACUGAGUGGGUUUCAUUGAUUUUCACUGUUACACCAGCAAGUUUGCAGCAGCUAGCAGUAUUCCUGUGUACUAGUUCUCAAACCUUCUAAGCUUGAUUCUUGGUGUUGCCAGCUUCAUGCUAGCCCAUACAAGACAUGAAUGGGCUAACUAUUAGUGCAAGUUGCAUGAGACUAUGUAAAUGUUUGCGCGAGUUGCUGUCAUCAGAAAACGUUGCACCUAAUAAAUCACAUCUGAUGAUAAUAGU